CAUUUACCUGUUUAACCAACUGUCGUGAGAGUGCGCCCACUUAAUUAGGCGUGUCGCAGUCUAUCUGUAUGACCUUAUAGCCUACCUGUGGACGGGGGUGUUUGGUACGAGCAACUUGGAUCUUUCCUCUUCAUUUUCCCCCGCCUUUUUGUACAGGCGGACUGUGUGUCUCUACUCCGGUUUUUUUGUGAUAACAGCUCGGGGAACUGGCAGAUAGUCCUACCGCGAGCAAGAGAUGGGGAACACGGUAACGAGGGAUGACUUCGAGUGGGUAUAUACGGAGCAACCGCACUGUAGUCGGAGGAAGCAGAUAUUAGCCAAGCACCCGGAGAUCAAGUCCUUGAUGGGCCCUGACCCCCAGCUCAAGUGGGUGGUGACAGCCAUGGUCCUAACCCAGGUGCUCUGCUGCUUCCUGGUACGCGACCUCAGCUGGAAGUGGCUCAUCUUCUGGGCCUACAUGUUCGGCGGUUGCAUCAACCACUCCCUCACGCUCGCCAUCCACGACAUCUCGCACAAUGUGGCGUUUGGGAAUAAGGACGCCAUGUGCAACCGGCUCUUUGGCAUCUUCGCCAACCUACCAAUUGGCGUGCCCUACUCCAUCAGCUUCAAGAAGUACCAUGUGGACCACCACCGUUACCUGGGUGGCCAUGGACUCGACGUGGACGUCCCGACCCACCUGGAGGCUCGUCUCUUCAGCUCCCCCGCACGCAAGAUCCUGUGGCUCUUCCUGCAGCCGCUAUUCUACGCGCUUCGUCCACUGGUGGUCAACCCUAAACCUGUAGGCAGGCUCGAGCUGUUGAAUUUAAUGGUGCAGCUAGCAUUCAAUGCUUUCAUAGUGUACCUCUGGGGGCUUAAGCCUCUGGUCUACCUGAUAGCAGGUUCGCUGUUGUGUAUGGGACUGCACCCGAUCUCGGGGCAUUUUAUCGCCGAACACUAUAUGUACCUGAGCGGGAUCGAGACGUACUCGUACUACGGGCCGCUGAACUAUAUCACCUUUAAUGUGGGCUACCACAUGGAGCACCAUGACUUUCCCAGCAUCCCCGGCAGCCGGCUCCCUCAGGUGAAACAGAUGGCUCCAGAGUUCUAUGAUGAUUUACCACAGCAUGACUCAUGGACACGGGUGCUCUGGGACUUUGUGUUUUGUGAUUCGCUUGGACCUUACUCCAGAAUUAAACGCACCUUCCCAUUGGCUAAGCAAGACUAAGAGCCCAUGCUCUUGAUCUUCUGACCAAUGAUCUUCCACAAAAGUGGCUUGACAACCCAGCUGGCGGGGAGUGAAAGGCUUCUCAUUUCUUGUCCAGAUCUUUUACUCUGCAGACGACUGGUGUGCUGGUGUCACAUUCAACUCACCAGCAUGAGAAGACUCUUAACACUUUUGAAUGUUAUGUUACCUUAAAUAUACUGUAAACUAUGAUAUCCAGAUUUAUUGUAUAAGCUGGGUAGAAUAAAAGGUACUCAGCUGA